AUGAUGGGUAUGAAUGGAAUGAUGCCAGGUGGUAUGCUAAAACGUAUUCUGAUGCUUUUCGAGUACAAGCUGGGAACGGCGGCUGAGGUCGCCACCCAGAACAUCAAUCAAGCUUUCGGUGCGGGAGUCGUCCCACUAACACAAGUCCAAGCGGCUUACCGCCAAUUCAGCAAUGGAAUGGAGUCUUGGGUUAAUCGAAAAGGAAAAUAA